CGGGAGAGUAAAAUGGGUCCUAGCGCGCGCAUUCCUGGCCCCUAUCGAUCAUUCAGCUCCGUCUCCGCAUCAGGAUAGGGAUAGAGACGAGUAGUAAUGGCAAUGCCAAUGCCAGUAGUAGAGGGUGCAAUGGUAAUGCUCAGUUAGUAGUAGAGGCUUGCCUGCCGUAGGCGUGUUCAAAAAUGUACGCGGCUCGGUUUUAUCGUACCUCCUAAGGCAUGACUGCCAAGUCAGGAGGCACUUUCAUCAGUGAGCCAUGAUCAUUUAUCCACAGUAGGAUGGUGAGGAACGUACGAAUGAGACCGACUUUGGUGGCUGUUCUUCUGAUUGUCAUCAUGUUGCCAGGUUCAAAACAAGGUCCACAUGAGAAGCUCCUACUCAACAAUUUGCUUUCGUCUUACAAUGUUCUCGAAAGGCCCGUUGCCAACGAGUCUGAACCCUUGGAAGUGAAAUUCGGCCUAACACUACAGCAAAUUAUCGAUGUGGACGAAAAGAAUCAGAUUCUCACGACAAACGCUUGGUUAAAUUUGGACGAGAAGAACCAACUCCUAAUAACAAAUAUUUGGCUUUCUUUGGAAUGGAACGACUACAAUCUACGUUGGAACGAAUCAGACUACGGAGGGAUUAAGGACUUACGGAUCACACCUAAUAAACUAUGGAAACCAGAUGUUCUCAUGUACAACAGUGCUGAUGAGGGUUUCGACGGGACUUACCAAACUAAUGUUGUGGUCAAACAUAACGGCAGCUGCUUGUAUGUCCCACCCGGUAUCUUCAAGAGCACAUGCAAGAUAGACAUUACGUGGUUCCCAUUCGAUGACCAACAUUGUGACAUGAAGUUUGGUAGCUGGACGUAUGAUGGCAACCAGCUUGACUUGGUCCUUAAUUCCGAAGAAGGAGGCGAUUUGUCUGAUUUCAUAACUAACGGUGAAUGGUAUCUUAUUGGAAUGCCUGGGAAGAAGAAUACGAUCGUUUACCAAUGUUGCCCGGAACCCUACGUGGAUGUAACCUUCACCAUUCAAAUUCGUCGUCGCACUUUGUACUACUUCUUCAACUUGAUUGUUCCAUGCGUAUUGAUUUCGUCUAUGGCUCUAUUGGGUUUCACUCUUCCACCGGACUCUGGAGAAAAAUUGACAUUAGGAGUGACCAUCUUACUGUCGUUGACUGUGUUCCUGAACCUAGUGGCUGAAACCUUGCCCCAAGUAUCUGAUGCCAUUCCCUUGUUAGGAACCUACUUCAACUGUAUUAUGUUUAUGGUGGCUUCAUCUGUAGUUCUUACAGUCGUAGUCUUGAAUUACCAUCAUCGAACAGCUGAUAUCCACGAAAUGCCUCAAUGGAUCAAAUCUGUCUUUCUGCAAUGGUUACCAUGGAUCUUAGGAAUGAGCCGACCCGGCAAGAAACUAACUCGCAAGACAAUACUAAUGAAUAACCGAAUGAAGGAAAUGGAAUUGAAAGAACGAUCUUCAAAAAGCCUCUUGGCUAACGUAUUAGACAUCGAUGACGAUUUCCGGAACAUUACAGGUACUACUAGCUCAGCUGGGAACAACGCCACCACUACGACGAACCUAGGUCCGGGCUUCAUUAGGCAUCCCACAACAAUAGAGGACUCGAACAUUUUGGGUACCGGCACCUUCCAGCGUGACCUACAACUCAUUCUAAGGGAAUUGCAAUUCAUUACUAAUAGAAUGAAGAAGGCGGACGAAGAAGCAGAAGUAAUAAGCGAUUGGAAGUUUGCCGCCAUGGUUGUAGAUCGAUUCUGCUUGAUUAUAUUUACGUUGUUUACUAUUAUUGCUACAGUGGCGGUGCUGUUAUCAGCGCCACACAUAAUUGUCCAGUAAAUUGAUCUAAUGUGAGAAUUCUACGAAGGCAAGGACAUCGAUUUACAUCUUCGAUUUCUGGAUUUAAACAUCGCCAACAUUAGUUUUAUCAAAGAUGUCUGAUUACGAGAACACCACAGACGCACUACGGACACGGACAAAUAUAGACAAUGAAUGUUUAUUGUGAUAAAUCAGCAGAUUGUGGCGACAGUUCGGCACUCGAGCAUUUCGAAUGUGCAAUGUGCCUUCCUGUGGAACAUUCACGAGCUCUAAUCCAACUAAAAGGCAGGCACUUAUGUGCACUUUUUGCUAAACGCCUACUCGUAGGUACACUAUACUGCUGUAGGGCCGUAAGACACUUCCAUCUGUCAACAUGUCAAAACAUACAAAAAUCUAUAAUAUGUACUAUUGUACUUCCAUUGAAAAUUGUUUAAGUUUUGUCGUUGUUGCGUUAUCGACGACAAUGAACGGACUUUGGGCACACUCUCGUGUUCGAUAUCUAUUCCAGUCAAUAGAGUUUAAUCACAGAACAUAUAAAAAGCCGAUACAUAUGCACAAUUUACUUUAUUUUUGAUUCCUAUCGUGUACACAAAUUGGUUUCUGCACAGACAUUGUUGUUGGUGAAUAUGCUCAGUAUAAAUGGCAAAUCUAUACAGGUUUGGCACGAGUUUAAAUAUUAUCAAGUAUAUAACAAAUUAUACAGCUCUACCACAGAAUGCUCUCGUUAAUUGAUGAAUGUUGAUACAGGAACAUGAACCCUUAAAGGGAUUAGUUGCCAAGAUACAGGGCGUUAAAAGAUUUAAAUCAAAAUUCAUUGCCAUAAACCAAAUAUUUUUCAAAUUUGGUCUACCAAGAUCUUGUCAAAUACAAGAACUAUUAACAAUUUGAUACGUGCUUAAUAGAUUAGGAUUUAGGAAUAUUGAGUCGUUACAUAUUAUGUAAGUACAUUAGAACGGUCGUUAAAAAUUAAAUUCUUUCCGACGCCUUAAAAAACCUUUCUUUUGAUGAAAAAAUACGGGGGAUUUUUUUUAAGCAAUCCGAUUGAAGUAUAUUUUUUCAUACAAACGUAGUUUUUCAAAAUAUCUCUUAAAGUAGACGGAUUUGAGAAAAAAUCUGAAAAAUUUUAUUUUAUGGAGUUAAUGAGGGUAUUUUUGAGAAUAUCUCCACAAUUAUGAACUUUAUGAAAAUAUCAACCGAGUGCAAUUUUGUAGGAAAUAAAAAGGUCUAGUUUAAUUUUUUCAUAAAGUUCAUAUUUAUGGAGAUAUCAAUAAUAAACUCAUUAACUCCAGAAAAACAAAAUUUUCACAUUUUUUUCUCAAAUCCGUAUACUUUAGGAGAUUUUAAAAAAAACUACGAUUUUAUGAAAAAAUAAAUUUCAAUUUUGUUGUUCCCCCGUCAUGAUCGACUACUUUUAAUUAGUUUUCAUUUUUUAAUCUGUGUAUUUGUAUUCUGGAUACAUAUUUAGUAUUGAUUUUUAGAUCCCUUUUAAAAAUAAUAAAUGAAGUUUUAGUUUUUAUAAUUUCAGGUAAUGCGUUAUAUAAUUUUGGUCCAAGAUAUAGAAAGCUUCUCUGUUCUAUUGACUUAUACAUAAGAGGUGUUCCUAUCUUCCUAUCUGAAUUAGGGCGUGGUUAAAAGCUCACUCGUACUGAAGCUCUCUCUAGGCAAACAGAUUCUAUCCCAUCAGAUUGAUUUUCUUGAUGAAUUCAAGAAUGUCUGAUGUGCGCUUUCGCGAUUUCUUCAGGUUCCUGAUAUUGUACCAUGAAGUACCAUUCCCGUUACCGAUAGUGGCAUAAUAUGUGAAUAGGGGUUUCGUCCUGCUCCUCACAUAUUCUACAUAGGGAGUCAUCAGAUAUCCUUAAGAGAUUUAAGUAUCUCCUAAGGCCGCAGUGUCUCGUAAGGAGUCCUAUUACGGCCUUGAGUUCGCUUCUGCUAAGGUUAAGCAGUUGAUUUUGUCUGCUAGUGGAUAAUUUCUCUAUGAAUCUUUUGGUCUGUCUAAGUCCAGGAAGUUCCAACCAGAGCUUAUGGUUGUUUCUAUUUAUUUGUUUCUUUAACACCCGUUUAACAUGUUAAUAUGAGAUACCACAUGUGGGUUCUGGUCCAAUAAAAGUUUUUUUCCGCUCCUUUCCUUGCUAGGAGGUCUGCUUUCCCGUUUCCAAACACUCCCUCAUGUCCCGGCACCCAUUCAAGGGUGACCUUAUGUUCUGCCAGGGCCUGGAGGGACUGUUGGCAAUCAAGUAUUGAUUUAGAUUGUACUUCUACCCUUUUCAGUGCUUUAAGGGCUGCCUGACUAUCUGUCAUGAUAAAGACCCUCUUAUCUCUAAAAGAGUCAUUUAGCAUGACCUUGGCGCAGGCAUCUAUUGCUGUUACUUCGGCCUGGAAGACUGUUGUCAGUAACCCCAGGUUCAGACUAAUAGUCCUCUCUGAGUUCACAGCUCCUGUGCUGUUUUCCAUUUUCGAACCGUCUGUAUACCAGAUUGAUUAGUUUUGUUUUUCCCUAUUUUCCCGGCUUUUAGCCCUUUCUGGUAUUUGAAUAUCGAAAGGUUUCCUGAAGUCGUAAAUAAUGGGCAUUCUAUCCGAUGGCAUUCUUAGUACCGAAUUUUGUUUUAAUUUCUCUAUCAUUGUCUGGUGUCCUUUUCUCAAAAUUUCCAAUCCAAAUCCAUUAGUAAAUAGCCUGUAUGCCGCCGCCAUAGCCUUCUUCUCCACCACAAGGUAUAGUGGAGGAAGACCUAGCAGUAGCUCCAUUGCUGCUGUGGGCUAGUCUUUGUACCUUGUGCCGCCAUAUGGCUGAUGAGUGAGUUAUAACAGGUACUACAACCAUAGUGUAAAGCCAGUGCAUCACACUUGGUUUAAGCUCCCAUAUGUUCCCUACCAUUCGUCUAAAGGACCAUAGUAUUCUUACAGCUUUUUCUGUUGUUUUUUCUAUAUGGCUGCAGAAGCUAAGCUUGUCAUCAAGAGUGAUUCCAAGAUAUUUUAUCUCUUUUGUCCCCACAUAUAAAGCUCCUUCAUUCCUUGAAUGUUUCUUUUUCUUGUGAAUGCAACAACAGAGGUUUUUGUUAGGUUUGUGGACAAUCCCUCUUUUAGGCACCAUCUUUCGACGAUAUUUAGUGCCCGCUGCAUCCUUUCGGAUACAACAGAUCCAAAUUACCGCUUACUACGAUGCUUAUGUCGUCUGCAAAUGCUUGUGUGUAUAAGUUUUCUCUCUCUAACUCCCAUAAGAGGUCAUCAACCACCAAGGUCUAUAUAAGAGGAGAUAAAACUCCUCCCUGCGAGCAUCCCUUGUUAACUGAGACCUCUCUUGUUGUGUUAAGGAGAUUACUGGUAAUAGUUCUAUGAUUAAGCAUGAACUCAAGCCACUUCGUAAUGCAGUGGGCUACUUCACGUCUGUGUAUAGAUCCCAGUAUUGAAUUGUAUGAAGCCGCAUUAAAGGCUCCUUCCAUAUCUAGGAAGACUCCUAGGAAGACUUUGCUUUCCAAUGCUUGUUCAGCCUGUUGAGUUAGCCAAUGUAUGGCUGCAUCGCAAGACUUUCCAGAGGUGUUAAAUAUGUCUAUUUCUCAUUUCAUAAAUAUGAUUUCCAAUUUGUAAUUGAGAUUUUAGAGUGUCUUUUAACAUUGUCUUUUAACAACUUCUAAGAAAGCAGAUGUUUUCCAAAGAGAAUUUUAAGAAAUCGUUUUUGUGAUAUAUCCAGUGCAGUUAUAUGUACGAGAUACUUCCCCCUACGCUAUAUAUUAUACCAUAUUUUAAAUGUGACUCAACUAAGCUAUAAGACCACAAUCUUUUGUUUAUAAUUUAAAAAGGGCGUAAUUUGCUUAAAUUCAAAGAAUAUACAUCUUAAUUUUUGUGUUAAAAAAUGUAUGUGGAGAUUCCACUUAAUAUACCAAAAUAUUUCUUUCUUAAAGAGUAUAUAGGUCACCAAAUUUGAAAAAAAUAUUUAAAGGCUUUUUUAUUUAUGGCAAAUUUUUGAACUUUUAAUACCUUGUAUUUCGGUAACUAAGCUAUUUAGGGUCCAUGUUCCUAUAUCAAAAUUCAUCAAUUAACGGGAUUCUCUGUAGUAGGGCAUUCUAUCUAUGUUAAAAACUUAUAUCAGUGACUAAUAGUCCGAAGUCAACUUGCUCCCUUACUAACAAUAAUUUCUUUACUUUUUGUUACUUGUUGAAGCCGACCCUGUUUAGUAUUCAAAGAGUAUUGCGCAUGUGCACAAACAUCUUUCGAGCUACGUACGAAAUCAAUUUGAAUUGUGAAUGAAUGGCAUUCUAAGUGUUCUGUGAGUUUAACGUUAAGUUUUAUGAAAAAUAUCAACUUAAAAGUUUCUCACUGGUAUCUACGUAAACUAAGACACAUGUUUCAAAUAUAUAAUUAUCUAAAUCGAUUUAUUUAAUACGUACAAGAUACGUACAAAAAUUUAAUUAAAUACAUACUUCCAAAAAAUGAUGUUCCAGAGCCACUUGUAAAUAUAUUUUGUGAAGCAUUUAUUAAUCCCAGUUUGUUUUUUACCUUACUGGAUCUAUAGUUUUUUUUUAAAGACGUGACCAGCUGCAAGUUAUAGUGAAAAGUUUGUUUUAGUAAAUCGAAUGCAGCAAUUUUUGCGAUUGUUCUCUGGUGAAGAAACUUUUAAUGUGGUAUUUUUCCGUGUUGAAUAUCUGUCGACUGGACUAAUCAUCAAAUAAACUCGUUAUAAAAUACUAAUUCAGUACUAAGAGUACUUGUUAUUUGGUACUACGUGCAAGUCAAGUAGUUAGUAGAGUAUCAUUAGUUCGAGGUACACACGUGUCUGCCUUUUGUUCGCCCAUUGAUAUUGAUAAUAACUCAUAAAUAAAAGGUCCACCUAAAUUAAACCUAUUGUGAUGAAUUUCGCAAAUAAAUAAGAAAAAAAUAUAUAUAAAAUAAGUAAUAUAUGUAUAUAUUAAAAAAAAAAUAGUAUAUGAAUAACAUUGACGUGGGUAAAAGUUGUGCGUUUAUAAUAAUAUAUCCGGACGUGGAACCGGCGACCGAUGUCGGAUUCAAGCCAUCUUUAGCGAAUGUCGAGACAAGUCAUGUGUCCAAACUUGCACACAUCCGCGGAAGGCCGCUCAAAUUCCGUACCGAUAUCGAAGAACGCCCUGUCCCGCUCCGCCGAUUUUUGGACGCCAUGUGCCCAGGGCUAUCAUGGCUUCUCUUCGCAAUUUCACUUCGUAUAUUUAUACUAGACGAUUCAAAUUAAUGCGUAUUGCGAUUUCAUUAAAACUGAAAACAAGACAAAGUUGCUUAUUGAAUAUGCUAUUUUAGUUACAUUUUCAUUUCCCGUUGGUAGAAGAAUAUCUUUGUUGAUUAUCAAGGUCUUAUCAGGUUCUCCCUAUAUUGAUAAUAACAAGUAUACCCCAUUUUUUGUCAUCCCCUAUUUAAUUACUGAUGUAUAUUCUCGGAGGAAUCCAUGGUUAGUAAUGAACUAAGUUAACACGUUAACUGCCAGGGUUCUUAUGGAAAAAAUUUGUACCAGGUCCUGUGGGCCACGCAAGUUUUUUUUUAGGAAGUGGUUUAUUAGUGACUAAAAAUUACUAAGAAACUAAAAAAAAUACAAAGUUUUUUUUGAAAAACUGCUGUGUGCAGUUUUGGUACACACGAUGCAUUCAUAUUACUUUUGUGUCAUGCGCCAUACGUACCACAUAUGGACACAUCAACACAUCUAAAAAACUAAACUAAAUUUUCAUUUUGUUACUUGUUUAUCCUUUUCCAAUCUUAGUUAUCACAUUUUUAUUGGAAAGUUCAGUUUUCUUACCAAUUUUUUAAGUUUUAUGUUUCUUUGCGUUAUAGCUAGGUUUUGUAAAAAUUUAGGAUUGUUUCCUUUGUUUAAGUGGACGUAUGUAGGUAGAUAUAAAUAAGCAAAAAUAAAAAAAUUUUCUCUAACCUUUAUUUAUUUGUUGUAUUACAAAAAAAAAUAAAAAAUCGGAAGCUAUUACUUACUACAUAGUACAGUCCCACGCCAGACCUGACGAUACAUGCAUUUAAAUCAACUAAAUACAGCCGAGAAACUAAUAAUGCAUGUAUACUCGUAAAGUACAAUGGCGAACAGUUAAAAUGAGCUGUGUCCAAAAAUGGUACACAUGGCAGUUAACGUGUUAAACAUUAUAAUAUACAUACCAACAACAUACCUACAUCGCACCAUGUGCAUCUAUCAAUAACCCUACUUUUGGACGUCUUUGAAGUUAGAUUGCCACUAUUGACUAUUGGAGAAUUUGUCGCUUUUUUGUCGUAAAUUUGUUUGUGGAAAAAGAAAAGGACCCCGUACACCAUUUACGGAAAAGUAGUGGUCUGUUAAAUUUCAUAAAUUUUUGAUAUGUUGCAGUUCUCGACCUUUCUAAUCAAUAUUGUCCAUGUGAUCAUUCAAAUGCUAUGACUGGUUUUUGAGAUACAGGGUGUUAAACUUAAGAAAUACCACUUAUUUGAUAACGCUUAUUUCAGGAGAAAGCUAAUCGAUUAUAAUUUUUUGUGCCAAAUCUUAUUGUAACAUCUAUUGGCAUUUUACGAAUAUGAAAAAGGGUCAAAAAUUAUUUUCCUUUACAGGGUGGGCCACAAAUAAGUAAAGACAUGUUUUUGAUAAAUACUUUUAUUGUUCUAGAAUGGGAAAAUAUUUACUAAAAAAUAAAUUAUUGCUAUAUUUAUCAUGUCUGAUGAUAUUAAAAAAUAUAUUAGGUGCCAUUUAUACAGGGGAUGGAAAGUUAGUACUACCAGGUGUUAUUUUCAAAAUAGGAUGAGCGACAAAUUUUCUUUUUUAACGACAAAUUUACGAAAAAAAGCGACAAAUUCUCCAAUAUUCAAAAAUACAAAAUUCCAAAGUAGUAGUGCUAACUUCAUGUACGUUACUUUUGUGGGAAAUCAUCGUUGUUGGAGUUUCAUUUGAAAUCAACUUUUUCUAUGCUCUUUCUAUACCAAUAGAUUAUUGGUCGGAUCUGCAGCAAUGACUGAGUAGCAAUGUUUUUUGCAUUUUAGCUUAUAUGACCCCAUUUUUGUACAGUGUUACCCUACAAUACCUUCUUGUCUACAAUAUAGAAUCGCACUUAGAAUUUUUUAAUUCUUGUGAAAUACCUAUUAUUUACAAUAAUUGGAGAACAUCCAACAAGGUUUAAUGAUAAAUUAAAAUCGAUUAUUGUUACUUUUUAAAAUAUUGUUUGUAAGAUUUUAAAUUUGAAUGGUUGAGUAAAUAUGCAACUUUUUUUCAAGUUUGAACUGUUACCCGAGUCAAAAUAGUGUUAAUUUGAAUACGUCGCCCUGUAUAAAUAUAUAAUAAUCACUAAUUACUUUUCAUAUUAAAUUUUGAAUGUUUAUACGUUUUUCUAUAAAAUUUAAACUUAUUUUUACCGCAGCAAUGAUAGAAUUACAUAAUGUUGUAGAUAUAUUCGAUAGGAAUGAAUCUAGCAAGAAUUAUUAGUACCAAAUAUUCUUUAUUAUGAAAAUUAAGAUGUAGAAAAUCGUAGUUAAGUAACGCUCUGGUCGAGCACAUGGCGUCUCAUCACUUUUAUAUCAUGUAUUUAUACUGAUUUAUAUUAAAAAAAAUAAUAAAACUUGGAACUUUCAUGACCAUGUAUUGUAAACUACGAAUGAAACGAAAAAUCUAACCUGAAAAAUCAUAACAAUAAUGCUAUUUAAUUAAAUGAAAGAUUUGUUAAUUAACCAUAGAGUUUAAUACGAUUUUUAAUAAAAAAAUGAAUUCUUUGGGCAUUUUUCGAUUAUAGACAUAUAUAUUUAUAUAUAUUCUAUCAUCAGUUAAAACAUAUAAUAUUAGUUUGCGAUGAGUUUUUAUUCGGCUAUUCAAUAAAAUAUUAGCCAAAAGCUGGAGCUUUUUUCAAUCGGUUCAGUUUUAGUACUUCUUGAAUGAGAGGAACAAACGAAUCAAGCGACCAAAUAGUCUAGAAUCCCCGUUGUCCCUAUUUAACUUUAGUAUACCUAUACAUUGCAGUUUGCAGAGAUACGUGUACCCGAUAUUAGAAAAAAAAUACCCUAAUGUUAUAUCCGUACCUUGGCUUAAUUCUUUUUAAUAAUAAAAUACAAAUUACGUUAUUGAGUUUUCUGCGCGAAAGUUUUUAAAACAAGAAUUGUUUCGUUGUUCCGAAACAACAUAUAUCAUAAUUGUGCUAUGCGGUAUUGUAUUUCAAAAAAAAAACUGAUUGCAAGUCAUCUUUUAUAUACCUAUUUGUAUAUCUCCUAAGUUAUACAAUUAAAAGUCGUUAACAUAUGAAAAGAUAUUUAUGUGUCAU